AUAAAAACUUAAAUACACAAGCAGCGAGACAGGUGCGCUCAGUGGUUCGCCGGCUGCUCAAAGAGAGAGUUGUCAUUGCGGAAAAGUCAGAAGAAACCGUAGCUCGUGCGUUAAAAAAAUAGCUGGGCAGCAUAUUACAAAAACAACAUAAAAAAUUUCUCGCGCCUAAUCUCAACGGGCAACCUAGCAACACUUAAGAAACAUUUUCACAAUAAGAAAAAAACACAACAGACGGCCGCAAAAUGAUCAAUAUGGACAUCAGCGUGACGCCCAACUAUUCCUAUAUCUUUGAUUUCGAGAAUGAUUUCAUACACCAGCGGACACGCAAAUGGAUGCUGGAAAACUGGACAUGGGUGUUCUACUAUUGUGGCAUUUACAUGCUCGUCAUAUUCGGUGGUCAGCAUUUCAUGCAAAAUCGGCCGAGAUUUCAACUACGAGGCCCGCUCAUCAUAUGGAACACACUGCUGGCGAUGUUCAGCAUAAUGGGAGCUGCUCGCACGGCACCUGAACUGAUUCACGUGCUGCGUCAUUAUGGACUUUUCCACUCGGUCUGUGUACCCAGCUAUAUUGAACAAGAUCGCGUUUGUGGCUUCUGGACCUGGUUGUUUGUGCUGAGUAAAUUGCCGGAAUUGGGCGAUACGAUAUUCAUCGUGUUGCGUAAACAACCGUUGAUCUUUCUGCAUUGGUAUCAUCACAUCACAGUCCUGAUCUACUCGUGGUUCAGCUAUACGGAAUACACAAGCUCCGCCCGUUGGUUCAUCGUGAUGAACUAUUGCGUCCACUCGGUGAUGUACAGCUAUUAUGCACUGAAGGCGGCACGCUUUAAUCCACCCAGAUUUAUAUCGAUGAUCAUCACGUCACUGCAGCUGACGCAAAUGAUCAUUGGAUGUGCGAUCAAUUUGUGGGCGAAUGGUUUCCUCAAGACUCAUGGCACAUCAUCAUGCAACAUAUCGCAGCGUAAUAUCAAUCUAUCGAUUGCCAUGUACUUCAGUUACUUUGUGCUGUUUGCGCGAUUCUUCUACAAGGCAUACCUGUCACCCGGCGGACACAAGAGUCGUCGGAUGGCCGCUUCCUUGGUUGCCCAGAAUACCGCCAAGCUCUCCAGUCCGUCGACCGCCGAGCCGCAUUCCAGUAAAUAUGUUGGCGGCAUUGAUGAUGCCCAAAAUGCCUAUCUGCGCAAGGCCAAGGCGCAGUAAGGUGUUGCCCCAUGCCACAUGCCACAUGCAACAACUACAACUACAACUCCCUCUACUCCUCCCACUAUUUCUACUACAACUGGCAAGCGCCCCUACACCUCCCUCUAAUGGCUAAGGACAUUUUACGAUGCAGUACCGGUAUAAAAGUUGUUUUUUAAUUUUAACGGACACACACACACACACAACCUAACAGACAUACAGCAACACGGAGACGCACACGAGGGGCGUUUGAAGAAAAAGAUUAAUUAUAAGCAUAGAGUUUUACCAGGCGGCUGGCUUAUACACAUACCAAUAAACAGAUAUAUAUCUAGAUAGAUAUAUAUGUUUAUAUAAAGUCAUGUAUAUAAUGAAAAACUCUCCGAAUUGUGUUUUGUAAAAAGUUAGCAAUGAAUGAUCAACUUUUCGAAAGCUUGUAUACUCGUAGAGUGCAGCUCCCCUCCCUCUCGUAGAAUCGGAUAACAUCUACACAUAUACUUGGGGAGCUACAUGGAUAAGCCCCUAGGCGAACCUCAGAGAUAAACAUAAAUAUAACAUAACAUAAUAUAAUUUUCAUUAAAAAUUUCAAUUGUCAAUUUUGGGUUCAGACCGCCGCUCAGUUAUCCAAGAAUACGUAUAUGAUAUAUCCCUAUAUACAAUAUAUAAAUAUAUCUCUUUAUGUAUCUCUCUUCAAAAAUUAUUGUGUUGGGACGUAGCAAAUGUCUUUUGUAGCUGGAACCGAAUUGUACUUUAAGUCUCGAGAUAUAUACUUGUAUUUUAUGUAUAUUUAUAUAACCAGCAAGUUAACAAAACAAACAGAACGAAUAUGCUAAAAUAAGUUAGUCCUUUCAAACUUGUUCAACAUGAUGAUGACGAUGAUUUAAGCGCAAAUUGUUAUUGUAAUGUAAUAAACUGUAUACAAUAUUUAAUUUCAUAACCGCAUAGCAAGAAAACAAUUACAAGGGGCGUGCAUUUAGUAACCUUUUGUUUCGAAACUUUUCUUCGAAAUCAAAGUUUCUACACCGCAAGCAAGCAGGAAUGAAGGAACGAUUAGGUCCUUGAUAUGAACGUAACAAAACAAAAAAUAACAAACAAAAUAAAUGUUUAAAUUAUAUAUUUAUAUUUCUAAGAAAAACCAAGGAAAAUGAAAACGUAAUGCAAAUAAGCAAAGAAGUCCUACUUGAAAAGUUAAUUUAGUAUAAACGACGCAGAAUGAAUGACUAAAAACAGAAUGGGCGGAAGCGAGAGAAAGAGAUUUAUGUAGAGAGA